AUGGCUACGGAGAGAAAUGCCGAAGCACAACAGUUUAAACGAGUAUCGGAUAUGGUUGAAGAACCGCAAAAAAUGCUCCUGCCAAUUCGAGGGUAUGAAAAAAUGCCAACGGUAUCCUUGGAGGAGGCUGUUGCUCCACUUGUUUCAGUUUUACCUCAAAUUCAAGAUUAUGCUUAUGUUGCGAAAAAACGAUGUGAAUCCGUACCUGCCGAUGAUUUAACACGGGAUGAAUCAGCUUCAAUUAUGCUUUACUCAAUGGAAUGGGAACCACAUGAAGAAUGUUUGUAUUUUGCGCUCAAUGCAGCUCUGCGCAGUGAAGACAGAAGAAAAUUAAAACCAUGGUUCUUGUAUUUGAAACUUAUUCUUACAGCACUCGAAAAAUUACCAUCUAUGCGAUGCUAUGUGUUUCGUGGAGUGAAUUCGGAUUUAUAUAAUCAAUAUACUAAAGGAAAAGAAUUUGUCUGGUGGGGAUUUUCUUCAUGUACAACAACUAUAGAAGUACUGGAAAACGAAGAAUUUUUAGGUAAAACUGGCGAAAGAACAAUGUUUACUAUCGAAUGUGAUAGUGGCAAAGAUAUCAGUCGUCAUUCAUAUUUUCAAUCGGAAAAAGAAGUUCUUCUUCUAGCUGCUCGACAAUUUAUUGUCGUAUCUUGUCUUCAACCAGCACCAGGUCUUCAUAUGAUUCAAUUAAAAGAAACGAAGCCUUCAAUUACUCUUUUACAACCAGUUACAAAUCAGUCUGUUGAGGUUAAACCAACACCAAGUUUUGAAGAGAAAGAUAUACCACAAACAAUGAAUGUUCCAGUUCCAUCGGACUCUAGCUACAACAAUAAUGAUGCUAGUUAUAUUACCGAAGAUUUACCAAAUUCAACAAAUGACAUACCAAAGCUUAAUAAAAUACAAGAAGAUCAACAAUUUGCUACACCUGGUACCUAUGAGGAGCUUAAUUGUAAAGGUCGUCCUUGCAGCAAGUGCGGUCAAUGCCGUGACUGGUAUUUUACUGGCGAUGCAAGAGCUUGGAGAUGGAUCCGCAACUUGAAGAAUUGGACAAUGAAAGAUAUGAAUCGUUGGGACAAUGAUCGCAUUUAUGAUUACUUCGAGCGUCGUGAUGGUGCAACGUGUCGUCAUAAUAGUCGUAGUACUCUUAGUAGUCAUCUUAGUCACCGUCAUGGUCUUAUUCAUCAUGGUCUUCGUAUUCUUAUCAGUCAUCAUAAUAGUCAUCAUAAUGGUUGUCUUUGUGAAGAUAACAUUGUCGCUUGA